AUGACCCGCAGAAUAGUCCGCACCGGCAUCCAGCUGGGGUUGCUCUUUACCACCAUCGUGCUGAUCCUCGUCUUCUUCGACAACCAUUUCCGCGUGCUGCCCCAGAGCAUCCACAACCACCUGCCCGUCCACCACCCGGGCCUGAUUAUCACCGACAUACACGUCCAAACCUGUUCCUCCCUCAAUCCGCUGUCGAGCUGCAAGCUCGAUCCCGACAAAUGGCACCGUAUCGAGAAGGAUCUGUACCUCGGCUCCGGAUGGUUCAAUAAGGCGUACGUGCACGUUAAGCGCAAGCGCGAGGAGGAGCUGAACCAGGACGAUCGUGUCGUGCUUGACGUGCGCGUCGGCCGCCUCGACCCUUCAAUGGGCGAGAAGGGCCAGGAGACGGCCAAGUGGGAGUCGCGUCCCGCCGGCAUCUGGCUGCUGCGCUCGAGCAAGCGCCACGACUCCGACUCGGACAAGGUCAUCACCGCUAUCGACAUUCUAUUCGGCGCCGAUGCCGUCGAGCCCCGCCCCGGUUGGGAGGUCCGCGACACUCCCCUGCUGCUGGACACGUCGGGCGAGGCACAGGAGGCGCGCAUCAGCGUCCGCCGCGGCGUGCCUCACAAGACCGACAAGCCCGUACCCAGGAUCAAGAAGGACGGCAAGUUCAAGAUCUUGCAAGUCUCGGAUCUCCAUCUGAGCACCGGCCUGGGCGCCUGCAGGGAUCCGGAGCCGAAGGACCACAACGGAGGCCAAUGCGACGCUGACAGCCGGACCUUGGAGUUCGUUGGGAAGAUUCUGGACCAGGAGAAGCCUGAUCUGGUUGUCCUGUCUGGUGACCAAGUUAAUGGAGACACCGCGCCGGACGCUCAAUCCGCUAUUUUCAAAUUUGCAGAACUGUUUAUCAAACGCAAGAUUCCGUACGCUGCCAUCUUUGGCAAUCACGACGACGAGGGUUCCCUCUCGCGCGCUGCGCAGAUGUCCCUCCUCACGACCCUCCCAUACUCGCUAUCUGAGCCCGGACCGAACACCAUUGAAGGUGUGGGGAAUUACUAUGUCGAGGUUAUGGCACCGGGCAAUUCGCAGCACUCCGCAAUGACGUUGUACUUCCUCGACACGCACGCGUAUUCCCCCGACGAAGCCAAAUUCCGCGGUUACGACUGGCUUAAGCCGAACCAGAUAACCUGGUUCAAGGACACAGCUCAUUCCCUCAAGGAUGCGCACAAGCACUAUACCCACAUUCACCUGGACAUGGCAUUCAUCCAUAUCCCGCUCCCUGAAUAUGCUCUCAAGGAGAACAGUAUUGUGGGGACCUGGAAGGAGGGGGUCACUGCCCCAGGGUUCAACAGCCAUUUCUACGACGCCCUUGUUGAGAACCACGUGCUAGCGGUUUCAUGUGGACACGACCACGUCAACGAUUAUUGCGCCCUUGGCAAGGUCGAUGACGACCCUAAGCUAUGGAUGUGCUACGCCGGUGGCAGUGGAUUCGGCGGCUACGGCGGCUACGAUGGCUACCACCGCAGGGUCCGCGUAUUCGACGUCGACAUGAACAAAGCACGCAUCACCACGUGGAAGAGGGUAGAAUAUGGCGACACCGAAGCGAAACUGGACGAACAAAUCAUCGUCGAGGGCGGCCAGGUCUAUGCAAGCGCAUGA